GGGGCCAUGAAGUGCGUUAUUGGGGGCGCUCACCUCAGAGUGUUUGGAAGAGCCAUACAUGCCAUAGCACGUGUUAGUGAUGAGUUUUGGUUUGACCCCAUAGAAAAAGGUCUUGCCUUAAGAUCAGUAAAUUCUUCAAGGUCAGCAUAUGCCUAUGUCUUCUUCUCCUCUAUGUUUUUUCAACAUUACUGCUGGACAGCUGUGUCUCAGCCAUGUCAGAAGGAAAAGCAGUUAUCUGUCACAUGUAAAUUGGUAAUUAAGUCAGUUCUUCCUAUAUUUCGAUGUGUGAAUGUGCUGGAAAGGAACGUGGAGAAAUGCAGCAUUUCUGCAAAUACUAAUGACCAUCAUAUCACUUUUCAGUUCCUCUGCAGACAUGGUGUUGUCAAAACAUAUAAUCUGACAUUUCAAGAAUGUGACCCGCUGCAGGCUGUUUUUGCAAAGAAUAUGUGUCCAAAUGUACUUAAAGUCCACUCCAGGCUGCUGACUGAUACCAUGAUUCACUUCCCAAACAGUCAAGAGGAAAUAACUUUAUCAGUUACUCCAAUGAAAGUUUGUUUCAAGAGUUACACUGAGGAAGAUGCUGUUUUUUCGAAGACAAUGCUCACUGAGAUACAACUACAUCCAGACGAAUUUGACUACUUUCAAGUUGGAGUAGAUUCUGAAGUGACAUUUUGCCUUAAAGAAUUGAGGGGACUCCUGGCAUUUUCAGAAGCUACCAGUGUUCCUGUCUCAAUUCAUUUUGACACCUCUGGAAGACCAAUCGCUUUCAGCAUUGAAGAUAUGGUGCUGGAGGCCAGCUUUAUUUUUGCUACCUUGUCUGAGGUUGAAAAGGAGAUGGCUUCACAGCAGCAGGAAAGCUCAAAGGCAUGUGUAGGUAAAACCGAGGACACCUCCAUGGAUAAAAAUCACAGCACAGCAGCAGCAGGUGCUUCCAAAAAGUCACAGUGGAGCAGAAAUGCACCAAAGACUGCAUCAGUAGAACCUGCAAGUCCUUGGGCAAAACAAGAGAAUAAGGGUGUUUCCAGAGUCCAAAAGAGAGAUAUAAGAGGCAUGGAAAGAACAACCGUGAGAGAAGCAAAGGACCAUACAAAGCUGGAAGGAGAGUCAGAGACUCACUCUCAGAAGUUUCAUUCCUUAUUUUUUGGAGCAGUUUCUUUUAAGGAGAAGGAUACCAGCAGCCACACCCUCCAUAGCUUGGCAACAGCUAGUGACACCGAGGAGGAUUUUAGCAACCUUCAGAGCUCCCAGGCUUUGUAGUGAUGCAAAGUGUCUGAACCCAAGUAAGGCCUAUGGGGGACUGCUCUGGAGAGAAGGAGUUUGACAUGGGAAUUGUUCCUGCUGGCAGUGUAGGUGAGGUGUUCAUUCCCCAUUUAUGUUAACCUCCAGCAUGGGUUGUUGUAAAACUUGGCUGCUGCCAUACUGUGGUCUGUGUCAUGACUGAUCUGUUACUACCUUGCAGUGUGUCCCUGUCACUAUGGGUGCUCAGCACUCUGGUCCAGUCUCACUGGGGAAUUCAAACUCUUCCCACUGCAGGCAAGGUUAAGAUGCUGUUGUAGUUAGGAGUGCUUGAACAAUAAACCCACCCAAAAUAACCCAUCCUGGCACAGCCAAACCUGUUACUUGUGUUUUUACAGAAACUAGAGGCAGUGUUUAAGUAGUCAAACUGUCAUAGAAAUGCAUUUGAAAAAAUAAAGGU